UUCUCCUCACUUCUCUCCAAUUCACAACCCUAAUUCUGUAACUCCGUUCCCUAUAUUAAGCAACAACCAGCACACAUGGCUUCUUUUAAGCCUUCAAUUCCGGUGGUGAACCCCAUAGACGGAGCCAAGUAUCAUCAUCGCGCUUCCGGUGAGGUGCACGUCAUCAUAGGUCCUAUGUUUGCAGGGAAGACCACCGCCCUUCUCCGUCGGAUCAGAUCCGAAGGCAACAACGGCAGGAACGUUGCUAUGAUAAAAUCAAGUAAGGAUACAAGAUAUGCCGUUGACUCUGUGGUGACUCACGAUGGGAUCAAGUUUCCGUGCUGGGCAUUGUCAGAUCUCACGUCGUUUCGACAGAAACUUGGAGAUGAUGCUUAUGAGAAGCUUGAUGUGAUUGGUAUUGAUGAAGCUCAAUUUUUUGAAGACCUUUAUGAUUUCUGCUGCAAGGCUGCUGAUCAUGAUGGAAAAACUAUAAUUGUUGCUGGCCUUGAUGGUGAUUAUUUGAGAAGGAGCUUUGGUCCAGUUCUGGAUGUGGUACCCCUUGCUGAUACUGUGACCAAGUUGACAGCUCGCUGUGAACUCUGCGGGAAACGGGCCUUCUUUACCUUUCGAAAGACGAUGGCAAAACAGACUGAACUUAUUGCGGGAGCAGAUGUGUACAUGCCUGUCUGCCGCCAGCAUUAUGUCAAUGGGCAACUAGUGAUUGAAGCUGCAAAUGCAAGCAGUGUACUGGAAUGUCGUAAGGUUCAGAGUGAAUCUCUUCUUGAGGUUGAGGCAGCUGUAGCUAUCUAAAUGAUAUUUAUGGCUUAGUUACAGUUUACUAAUUACUAUGUUAUCAUCUGCAGUUUGUACUUGUCCAACAUGCUCAAGUUGGACAUUCCAUGGCGUCUUUGACUUUGAAAGUCAAAAUGUACUUCUUAUUAUGUAUAUAGAAUUAAAUUUCUUCCAAAGCCUUGGUAAUA